AUGACGACGUCGUAUCGCACGCCGCCGUCCAGUACUCCCACGCUCACCAUCACGAUCGGGCCGACCACCAACGCCCGGCCCGCGCCCCCACCCCCUCAACAACCAACCUACCCCAAACCUAAGGGGACGCCACCGGUCCAAAAAAGCGGCAGUCCGCCGCGGCGAUCGGGGUCGGCUGCCCUUAGGACAUCGCCGCCGGCUGCAAGGGCGCCUGCUACCAGGAGGGGCUCCGGUCCCUCAGCCGCUACCACAACGAGGCCCACCCCACCGGGCAGAAGAACGGCCCCCGCUACCAGGGGGUCGACUGGCACCCCUCCAACGAGGACCCCGCCCGUCAAGACCCCGCCCACCACCACCCGGAGGACGGUAGCGGCUCAGACCGGAGCCAGAAGAACGCCCCCGAGAGUAGGAGGGACUCCCACCGCCCAAACUCCAUCACCAAGGGCGGUGGCCCAGGGAAAGAGUCCCUCCAGCGGCCCCACACCACCUCGGGCCGCCCAACGGAAACCCUCUGGGGUAAGGACGGCGGCCUCAUCAUCAUACGCCGCCGUCACAGCGGGCGCUCCAUCCCUAACGUCACCCCCCUCGCCGACAGACGUCGUACCGGAAAGGGGGCUGCGUACUGCAACCCGUACACCAUCACCGCCAGGGCCAACACCACCCAAACGCAGCCCCCCACCAAGGAAGCACCGGAGCCCCAGGACGCCGCCGACCAUCCGUGGCGAGCAGGGGGCUCCGGUUCCGGUAACGUCGGCGAGCAUGGUGGCGUUGUGCACCUCCACUGUUACCACCACCUGCAGCGGGGGGCCGAUUAUGACCCCCCCUGCCUAUUGUGGGAGGAGCGAUGAUGGCCAGGCCGCGUCCACCAUCACCAGCGACCCCGCUCCUCCCACCCAUCGAAGAGGUGGAGGUGCCGCAGCCGGUCGGGGCAGCCGUAAGCCCCGACUCUUCACCGGAGCCGUGGCGAAUCGCCGCUGGAUCCCGCCGACGCCACCACCGCGGGAUCAUGUCGUCGAGCUCGUCGUCCGAAGAGGAGGCGCAGCCGCUGCCGCCAGAGAAGAGGACGACGCCUCCUCUACCACCGCGGGAAAAGUCCCCCGCCCGGCCGCCACCGGGCAGCAGCAGCAGCAGCAAUAA